AACAUCUCUCUCACUCUCUACUUUUGUCUCUCCUCCCAACUCCAGCGCCAUGUCCUAUCGGGGUCGAGGGGGUGCGCCGACCAGCGCGCCCCGCAAUCCCGAAGACACUUGGAACGACCCGCCGAUAGGGCGAAUCCGGCGCUCAGCCAACAUUGGUCCGCCGGCAGUACGCACCGUCCCGCUGCGGUUCCAGACCGGCGCGCUGCCUGCUCGCGGGCGCGGGCGCGGCGGUGCCGCUAGGGGUGGUGGGCGGGGCGGCGCCGUGUCGCAGGCGGACGCCGAGCGCAACGCGUACUACGAGAACCGGGGCGAAAGCUCCUACUCCUCGCAGACGUAUGUGCCGGCGCCAGCAGCUGCACCGCGAGCGCGCGCGCCUGCAGCUCCGCACCCAUUACCCCCUCGCCCCGAAGCGCACCGCGUGAACCAGACCCGCGGCAGGACAUCGCGCAGCCCGUCGCCUAAUAGGCAUCGCCGGUACUCGCCUCCGGCUUCUGGCGGCUGGUCGCAUGACGCCGCUCCUCGUGUGCGUGAGCGGACUCCUUCUCCAAGACGAAACCGCCCGCCAAUGAACGGUACCACUGGACCCUCGAGAGCUGCCCGCGCAAGCUCGUCUCGCUCAGCUGGAGAGCCCUCGCGCCCGCCUUCAAAACCUCCAUCAUUACCCACGCCAUUGUCCCAACUCCCUCCGCCUCCCACGAUCCAGCCCCAGCCCCAGCAGUCCCAACCCGCGCCCUUAAAGUUCACAUUACACAACUACAACCGCCGCCCAGACGAGCCAAAGUCGGCCGCCGCUGGACCGUCAAAGGGGAAAGCGCCGCAGCAGUCCGAGGAGAGAAGAGCUCUCCAGCGCGAACCGUCGGUCGACUCCGAGUCGUCCGACGAGGAGCCAUUACGACGCAAGGUGGCUAGACCGCCGCCUCAUCCCUCCCUCGAUCCCAUCGAUGGUAUCUUGGCCGGCCAUAUCCCGCCCAAGGCCUCGUCGUCAAAGAAGGCAGAGAAGGCUGCGGUCUCGCCCAAACCCAAGAAGGCUGCAGCGAAACCCAAAGCCCCCAAGGCUACCAAGGCGACCAAGCCAACAAGCAAGAAGGCCAAGCUGUUUUCCGAUGGCCCAGAUGUCAAGCCUGACAUUCUGGACUUUGAGCAGGACCAGCUGAUUGACGAGAAGGAUGACUUUCGCGAGCCGACACCCGAGCCGCCAAAACUCCAGCUGGAGGGAGUUCACGCCGUCAAGCGCUCUGAUCUUCCUACAAACCUGUAUGGCGGUGAUGCCGAGACGCGGCGCAAGAACCGCAAUGCAUAUCGCUCACGGCUCAGGGCUCAGCUCAGAAUGGAAGGAAAGCGAGACGUCGGCAUCCACUGGCGCGACGACGGCUGCGCGGUGGACUGGAAGCGCAUCGAACCGGGACAGUUCUCGUCUGACAUUGAGAUCAUCGAUCCCCCACAAUCGAGUAGCCGUACGCCGGCUAUUCCUAGCACGCCGAACGGCGACGGAUCGUCGUCAGACUCGGACAUCGAGUUCAUCGACCCGCCCAAGGCUCCUGCACCUGCGACUCCUGUCGAGGUUGUCGAUGUGGCUUCUGCUCCGCCCACCGCGCCUCGCGCACCAAAGUGGACCACGGUAGACGCGACGCCAGGAGCUUCAUCGUCCACCCAGCCGACUCCCGAUCCGACACCUUUACCCACGUUAAAGGUUGCUCUGAAGAAUCACAGGCAGCCGGCGACGACAUCGGCGCCGCCAAGGUUACCAUCACCUUUACCGCCUGCCAAGUCUGCACCGACUCCGCCGCCACCUGCUCAGCCAUCUCAACCUUCGACGAAACGCCCAGCUUCUCUGCCGACGCCGGCACCGACCCCAACAACGUCUGCCCCGCCGGCACCGCCCAAGCUCCCGCCCAAGCCUGUCCCCUUUGUCGCGCCUCUGACUUCAAAUGCCGACGUGGUCAACGACGUGUUCCUCACCAAGCUCAUCUUACCGGUCAAGUACAGAACGGACGAGGACCGAGACAGGCCAAACUACAAGCGCUGGCUCGAGGACCGAGCUACUGCCUACCAAGGCCUUGGAGACGACGGCCAGCCAAUUCAGCUGACGUUCGCGUACGUCGAACCCAACAUGAUCGAGAUCUAUCGCCGGGGAGAUGGACCUGGGCCUGCACCAAAGCCCAAAAAGACUGCGGCUGCUCCGCCUAGCGGCUCUGCGGGACCGAACUCGGCGACGAAGCCGUCGACCAGCAGUGCGAAGCCUCCCACAUCGAGCUCGGCGGCCAAGUCAUCGACUAGUGCGACGAAGGCUUCAGCCACCUCCGCUGGUCCGAGCAAGUCUGCUGCCCCUGCCAAAGCCAAGAAGCCCUCGGCCGAGGACGAGGAGGAGAUGGCCUUCAUGAACAGAGCUGGGUCGAGCUCGACGACCAAGUCAACCGCUGCCGCAAAAUCCAAGAAGUCGUCGGCCGAGGACGAUGAGGAGAUGAUGUUCAUGAACAAAAACAUGAGCAGCACUCGGCCUCAUCCCUCUGCCAGCAAGGCUGCCGGGACUGGCCCGGCCUGCACCUUCUUCCGCGAGGGUAGGUGCAGCUUUGGAGAUGCCUGCUGGUUCUACCACCCCGACCCUGGUGCUAACGGUGCCUCCCGUUCAGUGCCGCCGUCGCAAAGUGCCGAGACGUCAAGCUCGGCGUCCCGUCCAGUCAAGCGCAGCCGGGCCGAGGGUUCGCCUCCGGAAGUCAAGGAGCCCAAGAAGACCAAGUCGACCCCGGCGCUGGCGCCAGAGGCUCCAGUGGGCACGGCAAAACCCAAACGGGCCCUUGUGCCCGAGGCUAUGACUGGGAUUUCCCAGGCCAAGGCGGCCAAGCGGCCGGCGGUUGCUAACCCGCCGCCAACGGAGACGGACAAACCCCGCCAGAGCAUCUCACUGGCGAGAGGGACGUCCCGUGCAUCAGCGCCCUCGUCGAGCUCGUUUGCCAGGCCGUCCCCGGCUCCUCUGCCGCAGGCAGCUGUCCGGCCCGCACCUGUAGCCAAGGUCAUCACCGCGGUGCCCGCCGGGACGGCGGUGCGGCCUACUCCGAGCUCCUCAUCGACCUCAACCCCCACACCCACCUCCCGCCCUAGUGGCACCGCGGCGGCGGCAGCCCCCGGCCGCUCGGUCGCCGAGAUCACGAGUGAACUGGAGGGCAAGAUGACUGCGAUCGGCAAGUGGACCCAGAUGCUCGAUGCGUUCCCGGCGCAGGCGAGCACACUCAAGCUGCAGGUCCUGCGAACGGAGAAGGAGAUCUUUGCGCUCAACCAGGAGCGCGAAGACGCGAUGAAGGCGGAGGCGGCCCAGUGACGGGCGAAGUGUUUUUGUCACGGCGCAUAGCAAGACGGGAGUGUCUGUCAAGCGCCCCGAUUCCAACCUCAUUGUAAUACAACCAGUACCAUGUCUAUGCACAUUCAGUGGUGUCGUAGUGUACGUAGUGUGCCGUUACGUCAGGACCAGUGUAAGCAUGUCACACAGGACCAGAGCCAGGAGCAUGUCAUGUCCUGUGUCAUGUCACACAUGCUGAUCACCGCCACACCAUGCGAGUUUUAAAAGUGAGUACUAGUCAGUGCUACUAGCAGCCACACUGUCGCUCGCAAGCGCCACGCCACACUGAAGCA